UUUAGUAAUCUUAUAAUUAUGACUGAAGAAGUUGCCACUUUUGUAGCGGCUGAUUAUGCUGUUUUCGGUGUCAUGCUUGCACUGUCUGCAAGUAUCGGUUUAUACUAUGCAUACAAAGAUCGACAAGGGAAGGAAGGAGUGCAAGGGUAUCUUCUUGCUGCGAGGCAAAUGAAUUUUUUCCCAGUAGCCAUCUCACUUGCCCUAAGUUUUGUAUCUGCAGUAACAGUGCUAGGAGUUCCGGCAGAAAUACACUUUUUCGGAUCGAUGUACGUUUGGGUGAUCGUUGCUGUCGUCUGGGUCGCUCCAGUCGUAGCAGAAAUAUAUAUCCCAGUGUUUUAUAGGUUGGAAAUAACAAGUGCUUUUGAGUACAUAGAAAUGCGAUUCAAUCGAGCUACAAGACUUCUAUCUACAUUUAUAUUCCUAAUACAAAACAUUAUGUACAUUGGUAUUAUGAUAUACGCACCAGCCUUGGCUUUGAGUUCAGUCACAAACUUCAACUUGUGGGCUGCGGUGGCAACAAUCGGUAUCGUUUGUACAUUCUACACAACUUUGGGUGGGUUAAAAGCUGUGAUUUGGACUGAUGUAUUCCAAGGAUUGGUUUUGCUCAUCGGUAUGAUAGUCACUCUUGCUGUGAGUGUUACUUCCGUUGGAGGAUUUAACAAAGUUUGGGAAGCUUGCAGAGAAGGAGGAAGAAUCGACUUUAUAAAUUUUCAAACGGACCCAAGAUACCGUAACACUUUCUGGAGCAUGGUGAUUGGACUUGGAUUUUUGUGGCUCAGUGUUUUCGGAACGAAUCAGUCUCAAGUUCAACGAUACCUCAGUUGUAAAACAGAAUAUGAAGCGAAAAAGGGAUUUUACGUUGGUGUCAUAGCUGCUAUAUUUUGUUUGGGCCUUUCUUAUUUGACUGGAUUUGUAACUUAUGCAUACUUCAAAGACUGUGAUCCACUAGCCUCUGGAAAGAUUUCUCAACCUGAUCAGAUUCUUCCUUACAUGAUUUUACUAAUUUUCAACAACCAGCCUGGAUUGCCGGGUUUGUUUGUGGCAGGAUUAUUCGCAGGUUGUCUCAGCACCGUUUCCUCCGGGAUAAAUGCAAUGGCAUGUGUGACAGUGAAAGAUUUCAUUCAACCGUUUGUCGGAUGGUCACAAAGAGUUAUGACUUGGGUUUCUAAAGGAAUGGUUUUCUUGUUUGGAGCUCUGUGCAUCGGAUUUGCUAUUCUUGCUUCGACUCUUGGGGGAGUUUUACAAGCAUCUCUCAGUGUUCUUGGACUCGUAGGUGGACCGUUACUCGGCCUGUUCUCACUCGGAAUAACGUUUCCCUGCGCUAACUCUCCGGGAGCUAUCUCUGGUUUGAUAUUGGGAAUAUCGCUUUCAACUUGGAUCUACAUUGGUAGCACAAUCUAUGCACCAUUGCCUAAGUUCAUGGGUUUCAAAAGUCUCUCAAUUGACGGCUGCGCUGUGGCAAAUGUUACAAGUAACUACACGCUUACAACAAUGGGAUCUACCGAUGUAAUGACUACAACUGUGUCAACGACAACCGCUGCCGUUCGUCCUCCAAUCGCAGAAUUCUAUUCAGUGUCUUAUGCUUACUAUGCGGCCAUAGGCUACGGUGCUACCUUAAUUUGUGGACUUGUAGUAAGCCUCCUAAGUUGCGGAUAUCGAGAGCGGAAGAAUGUUGACCCCAGACUUAUUCUUCCAUUGUUAGAUCACAAAAUGUUCUGCUGGUUGCCUUCAAAAUUCCGUAGAUUUAUGUGGUGUGGAGUUUCCCAUGAAAAAGAUUUUGAUGAAGAAAAGCCGGUCAAAGUAAAAGACAUUAGUCUGAAGAGUAUUUCCCCGUUGAAUGUAGAUGAAGCUAAAGUAAAUGGAGACGUUUCAUCUCCUGAUCCACCACCAUACCCGAAUUCGAAUGGAUUUUCGCAAAAAAGCAAUUUUUCAGAUUCCGAGAGGAGCUUACCGGGAGUUGCAGUGCAAGAAAACGGCGAAACAAACCAGGCGUUUUCUAUGGAAGAUGAACGCUCGCCUAUAUAAACUAUUCUUGCGUAUUUAUUUUUACAAAUUCAA